CUGGUACGCUUCAAUAUAAUUCUCUUUAGUACUCAAGAAGUUAAGCAAGCACCCAUAAGAAAACUUACGAUAUAGUAAACUCACCAAAUCUAAAUGGACUGUGAUAAUCUGCCAACAUUGUCUGAAGCCCAUCCUGAAACGAUGGAUCUUUUAUCGAGAGCAUGGUGUGACUUUGCAAUUAAAGAGGCUUUUCAACCUGAGUGUCAAAAUCAAGCACUUGUUCUCCAUGAGUGCUCAUUCAAAAGUUUUGAUGAUGGAUCAACGUCCCCUAGUUUCAUGAAAUUGGAGAGCAUAAAGAUGGAUGAUACAGCAAAGCCUUUACCCCCAUGGAAGACUAAUGAUGUGAAGUCAUGGAUAUGGAUGCAACAAGCUAUGCACCCAGAACUGAAUUACAGCAGCUGUUUUAGGAAAAAAUGGAAAUCGUGGCAUAUAGUUCCCUUUAAAUCACCACAUACCUCAAUUAAAAAAUGGUUAAAAGAAAUUAAACAGAAGAGGAAGGAAAAUGAGAGACUACAAAAAGCAGAAGUCCAUGCAGCAAUCUCGGUAGCAAGUGUUGCAGCUGCUUUGGCAGCCAUAGCUUCUGAGAAUGCAAAUCAUGAUGGCUCGAAUUCCACUGCAAGGGAUUCAGCAGUUGCAUCUGCUGCAGCUCUGGUAGCCGCUCACUGUGCAAAAACUGCAGAGGCAAUGGGUGCUAAGAAAAAACAUAUCAGCACAGCAAUGAGCUCUGCCAUGAGCACAACAAAUGCAAACGACAUUCUGACUCUCACUGCUGCAGCGUCUACAUCCUUACGAGGUGCUUCCACACUCAAAACAAGAGCAGGAUGCAAGAACAGAUUAAAUGGCAAUGCACCAGUACUGCCUAUCGAAGAGAAUACUGAUCUUGAGUUUGAUUUUGACCAGUGUCGAUUAAUUCUAAGAAGAGGGGCCGAACUCAGCCUCAAGACAUCAGAUGGGAGAUGCAUAAUGAGAUCAGUAUCUGUUGUCUUGAAUCAUGAAGCCAAGGUUGUUCUCAGAACAAGGAAGCUUAAUCUACUGAAUGCGUUUUCUAGCAAAAAAGAAACAGGUAUUGUAUUAGACCAGCAUGUGGAGCUCUACAAGAACUCCAAAAAUGACAUGAUCACUUGUUUUCUAGUUGUCUUAACAACAACUCGUGGGAUAAUUAAACUGGAUAUGAUGAACGAUAAUGAGUGUCAGAAACUAUGGACAUGGACUAUCAAUCAUAUGCUAUCCCUUUCAACCUCAUUCAGACAAUAUUCACUUCCAUAUUACAAGAACUAAAACAACGCUAAUAUGUUGGUUUAUCUAUUUAUCAUGUCAUUCAUCUUUGUUGUGUAACUAUGAAAACAUUGUUUGCUCACAAACGUAAUAACUUGAUUACAUUAUGCAUGUCCUAUAUGUACCUCACAUGUUUACAAUAAAAAAUUUAUGCAAUGAUUGUUAUUA